UCAAGCCGCCGGGCGCGCUCGUAUUUCGACAAAUGGUCGCCAGGUUUUCAAGUUGUAACUCUUCUUAACUCUUCAGGCAAACCAACUGUUGUUUUCACGAUGCCUCAGUGGACCACGUCUCCCUUCCUCGUGACGUCAUCGGCCAGGCUGGUGUCCGCAUUAGUGUCCAGUGGGGGAGUGUCUCAGGAGGAACUGGAACACGCGUCCUCAUCCCGGCGACCCGUCUUUUCCUCUCGCCUGCAUGAAGCCGAGCAGCGACUCAGAAUGCGGGAGGAACUGCAGCGGCUGCAACUGGAGGCGGCGCUACUGGAAGAGGAGAAGAAAAGCGCCGACGUCACGCACGCGGUUCACCUCUCCACUAGGCUGCAGGCGCUGCAGACCUUCAGCGCUCACCUGCAGGACGUCCUGAAGGACCGCAAUCUUCUGGCCCGCCGACUCGCCAGGCCGCCGGGCCGCACCGACCUGCCCGUCCCGGCCCACCUGCGUCGGUUCGUGGUGGAAGUGGUCCACGGGGUGAUGGACUUCGUGGAGACUUUGGACGAGAAGAGAAGCGCCGCCCGCAGACGCGCCGGCGCCGCAGAAGACGACCUGGAACAGCUGAACGCGUGCGUCGCCGAGCUCUCGGCGCAGGCCUCCGAAGCGGAGACGUCGGCCAAUCAGCUUCUUCGAUGGAAGGACGCACGGAGCGGCCUGCUGAGCGACGGCUCGUCCUCGUGACCUCACCGGCCGCCGGCCCUUUUCUCUCCUUUUUCUUCUUGUCGUCGAUUGCGUUUUUGAAAUGCAUUUGGGUGAUUUUCAUCCCAAUUUGAUGAAUAACGGUGAAGACAUUCCCCACGGAAUUUCAUUUUGCUAAGCAAGUCGUUUGAUUGAUACGAACGAGUAGUGUUUGAGGUAUUGGCGGUUGUUUUUCAAAAGGUAAUAAUGACUUAGUAAGUUUGAAAGUAAUAUGUUUUGCGCAUUGAACGGCAAAAUGAAGUUUCAUGAUUUGCAACGUGCUUUCUGAAGGUACUAAUCGCAUUAUUUUGUUUUUAGUUUUUUUCUCCAAUUGCUUAAUCAAAUGCAUCUUUGUGCUGAAAGAGUUUUUUCUUUUUUUUUUUGGAGCGCUUCUUUUAUACAUGUCAAUCAAGCCGUCUUGAGCGUUAAAGCCACUGGAGAGAGCCUCACGAUGAUAAUUGCGAUACACCAGAGGGUGAUGUGAUGUGGCCGCCAUUUUGCAUUCACACAAUAGCAGACCGCAAAAUAAAUGUUGUUAUUUCUGCCAUAUGAAUUUGUGAAAGUGUAGCUACUGUUGUGUCUACCGUUAUUGUGAUUGUAUAAAGACAACAGUGCGAUCGGGAUCAUUGAUGCGUAGAUUUGAAGGGCAAUGCAUGUAAAUUGUGCAAGAUUUUUAUGAAGCUGUUUGUCUUCUAGCUUUGUGCAAGAAGUGCACAAAGUUGUGUGCGAGCAAAAAAAAAAAGAACAAGAAAGCUCUGGUAACAUUGAAGUCAUUGUUUGAUAUUCCGAAAUUUUGUUCAGAUUAUAUUUGCAUUGCAUCGCCAUGAAAUUGUUUUUAUCUCUU